AUGAACUACAGUGGUGAGGAGGUUGUUUCUUGGCUCCAGUCGCAUGGAUUUUCUCCAGAGACUUUAGAGAGGAUAGGUAAGCGAAAGAAAUUUGCUUAACAACACAUUUUAUUGCAAUUUUAUGUACACAAACUUGACUCCUUCACUGAUCUUUGUUCGUAUCUUAUCUUGCAGAAAAGGACGGUUUGGACGGUGAAGAUCUCCUCGGCAUUGUCCAAUAUGUAGAAGAACUGAGGCACUACUUUCCCUUAGUAAAAGAGCGACUAAAAUUCAAGAAAUUGAUCUUGAUGAACGCUGAACCUAGAGAUGGUGCGAGUUCUUCGUCGGUAAGAUAAUUAAUUUUCCCGCCAAAGAAUUGGACGCAUGCGUGAUUCCCCUGACUCUCAGCGGUUUCACAACUAAAGUCAUGUGUUCUCAUUUUGGCGCCGAGAGAUAGAGACGGUUAGAAUUCAAAACGGAUACUGCAUUUGCACAAGAUGAACUUGACUUCUUUCAAGACUCUCUGAUUUUAGGAUUCCUGACUCCGAAUUCUUAAACUUGUCCUUAAAAAAAUUAAUUGUUAUUUUUAUGUCCAUAUCUUAGUUUGUCUCCACUAAGCUGAACUUUUUGCUCUUUCUCUUUCAGUGUGCAGAAUCAAGUUCUACAAGCAAUUCGUUUUACACGUCGACUGACGAUUCACAAAACACCAGCGAUGAUGAAAAUUUAGAACUAACAUCGACACCCAAUGAAAAGAGAAAAUCGCCCAAGGAUUUUUGUAUCAUGGACGAGGCGAUAGAACUGGGCAUUGCUAAAGUAAGUUCUUAUGGGGUAAGAUGGUGAAGAUGGCUGGAUAGUGAAGAGUACAUUAUCAAUUCCUUUCUUCCUAUUUUACCCCAAAGGAAAAAACACAAGGUGCCAGUUGGUCCGUUAAAGAAGAGAAAUGUCGGGGAAAACAGCCGUCAAAAACGGUGAGAUCUGCUAAUUUUUAUUGAAAUAUACUAGAUAUGUAUUUACGUCCACUAUGCAUAAAACAAAGUAAACCUAAUGUGUGAAUUCGGUAACUUAAAAAAUUACUUAAUUGAUAACAUGUUAUCAGACAGUCUAAUUUAUUCAAAAAAAAAUUUCUACCUAUAGCUUCCUCCUGGAUGGCUAUCAAAGUUCCAGCUUCCAUCGAGAGUAAGAAACUUUUCCGUUUUUUUUUAUUUAGUUUUUUUAAGCAAUCCUUGUUAAUUCAUGAAAACUGAAGUGCCUAGGAGUAUGAUUUUCUUUCUCGAUAAGUACAUAGUUUGGUGAAAGUACAUUAUUGAUAUCAUCGAGGUAUGAUUAUGUUUUUUCUCUUUUAUGCACAGUUUGUUUACAUUUAUGGAAACUUUCUAGUCACAAAAAUUACUGUUCCCCAACAACAAAUUAAUUUGUUCAUUUGUUUACUUUUUUUACAGUUCUCUGCCUCAGUAGAGUUAGGUAUCCAGGAGGGAUACCUCAGUGCAAACCAGAAAAGUGAAUUGGUCCGGGAUGUUUGUACAAGCAUCAACCACUUCACCAGCCACCCAAAGCGCUCUGAGAGGCAAUGGAUAGCUAAAAAAAUUGUUGAAGAGUAUCCAUGUAUGGCUGGCAAGAAACUAGUUGACUCAGACACUGAAUGGGUUAGUAAAGUUUAAAAAUCUAUCAGUUUGCUUCUUCUGCUUAUGGUAAAAAUAGAAAUUUUUGUGCUGAAUUUCUUGGCUUAAACUUAGAAGGUGCAGAGUAAUCACUCUGAUCUUUUAAGUUCUUAAGUGUGAUUGGCUGUUACCAAUAAUUAUAACACAUAUCUACCAUAGAAUUAGAUGUGUAGUGUUCAGCUAGGAGGCACAGAGUGGGAAAGGGGCAGAAUACAGUGCCAACUGAAAAACUUGAGAUGAUGUGAACUCCACACAUUGAAAGUAAUAUCAUUAGUUGAGUAAAGUUUACUAACAAAUGUGCAAAAAAAUUAGGCAUUAAUUUAUGCAAUGUCCUGACCCUUUUCCAGGGCUAUUUGGAGGUCAAGAUUUUCAACAGGAUGAAAAAAAUCCAAAAACCUAAACAUCCAGCCAAUCCUGCUGAAGCUGGUCCCUCUAAGGCCAAAAGGCAAAAAAAAGAUUUCAGUAUUUGGGCACAGCAGCCAGACUUACCUGCAGGUGAGACUCUGGCAACUUUAAAAGCCUUUGCUGAGGAAAAUCGCAAUGAAGUCAGGAGAAACCCCCGAAAGCACAAAGCUCAUAAGGAUUUCAUGGACAAAACAUUCCCCCUCCGCCGCCAUGAAAUCAUAACUGCCCCUAAAUUGGUGAAGGCUGUGUUGAUGGAGUACCCAUCUCUGAAAUAUUUCAUCCAUGUAAGUAUUUGCUGUAAAUUGCUUGUAUCUGUCAUAAAUGUAAACCAGUUACAGGUUUGUUUGUUUGUUUUUUGGCCAACUUUUGGCUGAUACUAGGGUACCUGUCAGAGAUUGCAGUCCAAUACUUUUAAAUGAUAUGCUUCCCAAUUGUACUAAUUUUUUUUCUUAAGGGGGGGAAGAGGGAUUUUGUUUGUAUGAAAGGCAAGUUCCUUACCAAUAUAUUUGUGUUCCUAUUAAGGGCAUGAACAGUCCUUAAGAACAGCAUUUCUCUCUCUGGAUUCUCAGUACACAUGUGGUUAUGAAUACCUCUAGAGUAGAUUCAUCGGACAAGUAAGACGACUUACAUGUUAUGUUUUCUGCCUUACCUUUCAAUGCAGUUAAAAGCUGAGCUGUGUAGAAUAUUCAAUGAUGAUAACAUCCCAACCAAAUUGCGGGAAAAAUACCUUAUGUGGCAGCAGCAUAUCCUAAAAUAUGCUGCUGCUAGCAAAGAUAAGGUGGUCAAUGAGGUAAUGGAUGGAAUGGAAGCUGCCCUUAGUGAAGAGGGAUGCAACAGAGAAGGUAAAAAUGAGGUUUUCAAUCAUUUACAAAGAAGUAUUAUACCUUAAUUUGUGUAAAACAUUCUGCUGCUGUCACAGACACCUGAUUAGAAGUCACCUUUGAUUUUACAACUUGUAUAAGCCCUGGCUUUAAGGAGAGUUUAUCAAGACUGCUAGAUUAGAAAGUAUGCUGUUAUAUAGGGGUUACUGUCUCCCACUUUCGCAAAAAACAAAUUGUUCUGUAUUUAAAUUACAGAAAUUAAAAGUAGGACAUCCCUGCUGGUCAUCAACAAAGUUCUGCGCCAGCGGAGUGGAAAGAAAAGGGGACUUCAAGAAGAAGUUGUGACCAUUUUGGAGGUAAGAGUUUAUAAAACUACUACCUGCUACUUAGGUACAAAAAUACUACAGAACAGCUAAAAUUAUUCAGCCCAGCUAUGAAGUCCAGAUACUAAGCUUCAAGUACCUUGGGAUUGUAUUUAUUUUCCUUCUUUUUUUCCAUUAUUGUGAUUUAGCAAUUUUUUUUUUUUUUUAAUUUUGCUGUAGUCAAACCAUAAGAUAAAUACUGCACAUGGAAUAGUUGAUGUCUUUUUCCUGGGGGUUGAACACCCCACAUGUACAUUUGUGAUAUGCGCAGAUACUUUAGGAGUCGUGUAGUAUUUUUCAAGGCUUGAAGGGAAGACAAAUUAAAAGCAUUGAGCUAAAUUUCCACUUCCUUUUUUAAUGUUUUGGCUUAUAGUUUUAGAAAAACAUCCCACAUAUAUAUCAUUUGAGUAAAAUUAAAUGAGGGUAAAGUGACCAACUGAACCCAGCAGACUAGCCAGUAAUUUUGAUGCUCCUUUGCACUUUGGCUUGUUUUUAAUAUGGUUGUAAAAUUUGUUUUAUUGCAGAGAGAAGCUGAUGUUGAUUCAGCAGUUAUAGAUUACAUCCAGCCACAAAUUGUUAUUGUUGGAGAUAUUUAUGACAUUGAUCUCCUGUAUAUAGUCACAGAGGGGAGUAUUAUUUGUCAGCUCCCACAAGAAAAAAUUAUUGAUGCUGUCAUUGGGUUACUUGGCUCAUUUUAUGUUUUUAAUGUCUCCUACAAUCAGUCAAGGCAAUUUUGACUUUUUU